AUGGUUAACAAUGCCGGUGUCAUGGCGGUUGAUUAUCAGCUCUCGCCGGAGGGAUUUGAGUCUCACCUGGCAACCAACCAUCUAGGUCCGUUUCUGUUCACAAAUCUGAUUAUCAAGAAGAUUUUGGCUUCUAAGAGUCCUCGGAUCGUCGUGGUUAGCAGCGACGGUCAUCGUCUGAAUCCUUUCCGCUUCGAUGACUACAACUUUGAUGUAAGUGAUGCAUGGGAUUUUGCUUUUGUAAGGCACCCGUACUUAAAUAUCGACCAGGCAGGGAAGAGUUACCACAAAUGGUUCGCCUAUGGCCAGAGCAAAACGGCCAACAUAUUGUUCGCAAUCUCCCUGGCGGAGAAGCUCGGCCUGAAACACGGCCUUCUCGCAUUCAGCCUGCACCCGGGCGUCAUCUGGACGAAUCUGGGUAACCACCUUGACUGGAGUGGAGCGCCGACAAGGCGUUGGGCAACCGGGAGGGCUGGAAAGAAUUCGAUGCCAAGCCGUUGGAGCGAGGUGUCGGCGACUCAUAUCUAUGCUGCGUUUGAUCCGGCUCUUAAAGCUAACAACGGCGCUUAUCUUAUUGACUCCCAUGUGGCAGACCCACUGUCUGAUACAGUCAAGCCGUGGGUGACCAGUAGCUUUGAAGCGGAGAGACUGUGGAGGUUGAGCGAGAAGCUAGUAGGCGAGGAAUUUUCAUACUAG